CAAAUAUAUAAGAGUCUUUUGCACCGCGAGAUCUGAUGACUGAUGAGCGUUUUGACUGAGGUACGAUGAAAUCGCUUUCUGUUAUUUUUAAACCGAAAUCUUCUCCCGCUAAAAUCUAUUUUCCGGCCGAUCGUCAAGCCUCACCGGACGAGUCUCACUUCAUAUCUCUGAUUCACGCCUGUAAAGACACCGCAAGUCUCCGCCAUGUUCACGCCCAGAUCCUCCGUCGCGGCGUCCUCAGUAGCCGCGUCGCUGCUCAGCUCGUAUCUUGCUCUUCGCUUCUCAAGUCCCCGGAUUAUAGCCUCUCGAUUUUCAGAAAUUCUGAAGAGAGGAAUCCUUUUGUUUUAAAUGCUUUGAUCCGUGGUUUGACGGAGAAUGCUCGUUUCGAGUCUUCGGUUCGUCAUUUCAUUCUCAUGUUAAGGCUUGGUGUGAAACCCGAUCGGCUAACUUUUCCGUUUGUACUCAAGUCUAAUUCUAAAUUAGGUUUUAGAUGGUUGGGUAGGGCUCUUCAUGCCGCGACUUUGAAGAAUUUCGUUGACUGUGACUCCUUCGUCAGGUUAUCAUUGGUUGAUAUGUACGCCAAAACCGGACAAUUAAAACAUGCCUUCCAAGUGUUCGAAGAAAGUCCUGAUAGAAUCAAAAAGGAGAGUAUUUUGAUAUGGAAUGUUUUGAUUAAUGGGUAUUGUCGAGCCAAGGAUAUGCAUAUGGCUACAACACUUUUUCGAUCCAUGCCUGAGAGAAAUUCAGGAUCUUGGAGUACUUUGAUCAAGGGUUAUGUUGAUAGCGGCGAGUUGAACAGAGCAAAGCAGCUUUUUGAAUUAAUGCCAGAGAAAAAUGUGGUGUCUUGGACAACAUUAAUUAAUGGGUUUUCUCAAACUGGCGACUAUGAAACUGCGAUUUCUACCUAUUUCGAGAUGCUAGAGAAGGGCUUAAAGCCUAAUGAAUACACAAUUGCUGCUGUGCUCUCUGCAUGUUCAAAAUCUGGUGCUCUUGGAUCAGGAAUAAGAAUUCAUGGUUAUAUUUUGGACAAUGGGAUUAAGUUGGAUAGAGCCAUAGGGACAGCUCUCGUAGACAUGUAUGCAAAAUGUGGGGAACUUGACUGUGCGGCUACUGUGUUCAGUAAUAUGAACCAUAAGGAUAUUCUUUCUUGGACUGCUAUGAUACAAGGUUGGGCGGUUCAUGGACGCUUUCAUCAGGCUAUCCAAUGUUUUAGACAAAUGAUGUAUUCCGGAGAGAAGCCAGAUGAGGUUGUGUUUCUCGCGGUUCUAACUGCAUGCUUGAACUCAAGCGAAGUUGACCUGGGACUUAAUUUCUUUGAUAGCAUGAGGCUUGACUAUGCAAUUGAACCCACGCUGAAACAUUAUGUGUUAGUCGUUGAUCUGCUAGGUAGAGCAGGGAAGUUGAACGAAGCACAUGAGCUUGUAGAAAAUAUGCCGAUAAAUCCUGAUCUUACAACAUGGGCUGCACUCUAUCGUGCUUGCAAAGCGCACAAGGGUUAUAGAAGGGCUGAAAGUGUGUCACAAAAUCUUUUGGAGCUUGAUCCAGAGCUUUGUGGUAGUUACAUUUUCUUAGACAAAACACAUGCGUCUAAAGGGAACAUUCAAGAUGUAGAGAAAAGAAGAUUAUCAUUGCAGAAGAGAAUCAAAGAAAGAUCAUUGGGAUGGAGUUAUAUCGAAUUGGACGGUCAACUGAACAAAUUUUCAGCUGGUGAUUAUUCUCAUAAGCUAACACAGGAGAUUGGUUUGAAGCUUGAUGAGAUCAUAUCGCUUGCCAUUCAGAAAGGAUACAAUCCAGGAGCUGAUUGGUCAAUUCAUGACAUUGAAGAAGAAGAGAAGGAAAAUGUUACGGGAAUCCAUAGUGAGAAACUGGCUCUUACACUUGGGUUUCUAAGAACUGCUCCUGGGACCACGAUAAGGAUCAUUAAGAACCUUAGAAUCUGCGGAGAUUGUCAUUCUUUAAUGAAAUAUGUUAGUAAGAUCAGCCAAAGAGAUAUUCUACUGAGAGAUGCAAGACAGUUUCAUCAUUUCAAAGAUGGAAGAUGUUCAUGUGGUGAUUAUUGGUGAUAUAGUUGAUCCCUUCAGGUUAGUCAACAACAAUGACUCAAACCAAAAAGGAAAAAUGCGAUGUUCUGUAACAUCCCAGCCUGAGCUGCUUGAAGUUUUUGUUUAUUCAUGGCGCUUUCCGGUACAAAUCUUGUCAUGUUCUUGUACACAAGAGUAGGGAUUAGGACAAGCUCAUGAUUUCUGAGACCAGGCCACACACCACAGCUAUAUCAGGCCGAAGUGAUUCGGGUUACCCCACAGGCCUAGAAGUGAAAGAGAAGGGGCUCAAGUGGGUUACUUGUGUUUUUGAGAUGGAAAAUUCCAAUUCUUUUUUAUAGAAAAUAUGAGAAGUUUCGUUUCAUAAGCUAAGAUUUUCGUAAGAUAAGAUUAUGAUUAAGCAAGGAGAUGUUAGUAUCUGUAGGUGUCAUGUGUAUUAUUGAAGACAACAACGAAACACAUGGCAAUUGUUUGCGAAGCACAGGUAUCACAUGAGAACAAAUACCAGUCGCCAAGGUAAAUUGGGUCCAUCACUGUUGCUGAUUAAUCAAUCUUGUGUUUGUAUAUCACUUUAUAUAUAUGGUAAUACGAUAAAAUAAAUCAUAGUUAUUGUUGCUUUCUGUUAUACGAUUUUAACUCAAAUUAUUUUGUUGAUAUCCAAAAA